CAGUAGCAUCUGACUCUCAAGUAUUGGCCUGAUUGCUUCUCAACACAUCCAGGACACUUUUGGCGGCAACAUGCCAUGACCCUUCUCAAGCGAUUUUUGUUUCCCUUAGUUGAUUCAAGAAGUUAACUGGGUCCAAUCGGAACAUCCAAGAGGGUACAAGAUGGCGUCGUUCAAUCAAGAUGCAACGUUCCAGUCGAACAUCCCUAUUCCUCUGGACAUCACUGUGGCUGUGGUGUAUUCGCUCUUUGGAAUAUGUUCACUCUUAGGAAACAGCACCCUACUGUAUGUUUCCUACAAGAAAAAACACCUCCUGAAGCCGGCCGAGUACUUCAUUAUCAACUUAGCCAUCAGUGACCUGGGCCUGACUCUGUCUCUCUACCCAAUGGCCAUAACGUCCAGCUUCUAUCACAGGUGGCUAUACGGGAAGACUGCGUGCUCCAUCUACGCCUUCUGCGGCAUGCUGUUUGGCAUCUGCAGUUUGAGCACUCUCACCUUGCUCAGCGUGGUCUGCUUUGUUAAAGUGUGUUAUCCAUUCUACGGUAACAGGUUCAACUGCAAUCACGGCCGUCUGCUUAUCACCUGUGCCUGGCUCUACGCGCUGUUGUUCGCUUGCUGCCCGCUGGGCCACUGGGGAGAGUACGGACCGGAGCCCUACGGCACUGCCUGCUGCAUUGACUGGCGAUUGUCCAAUCGACUCCCGAAAGCACGGUCCUACACGGUAGCGCUCUUCUUCUUCUGCUACAUCCUACCAUGCUGCAUCAUCCUGUCGUCCUAUAUGGGCAUCCUCACCACGGUGCGCGCGUCGCGCAAGACGAUGGAGCAGCACGCGUUGAGACGGACGCACAUGAGCAGCAUACAGAUCAUUAUUAUCAAGCUAAGUGUGGCUGUCUGCAUUGGUUUCUUUGUGGCAUGGAGUCCCUACGCACUAGUGUCCAUGUGGGCCUCCUUCGGUAACAUCGAAGACAUCCCGCCUCUGGCGUUUGCCAUGCCGGCCAUGUUUGCCAAAUCCUCCACCAUCUACAAUCCAAUCGUCUACCUCAUGCUAAGGCCUAACUUCCGAAAGGUAAUGUUAAGGGACCUCGGCGUUCUGAAGAGCUGCACGGUAAAUUGCUGCCGUCGGCCCAAAGUCAAGGUGAGGCUUCGGCUAGUCCAAAGACAGAUUGAGCAGUUCCCUUCUCCCAAUUCGUCCAUGCAAUCACCAACAGUUGUGUUGAAAUGUCCCAAGGACACUGUUGAAUGUCUCGGACUCUGUCCUCAAGUGCACGGUGUCACAAAUUCUGCAGCCUAUGCGGACUCAUCCAAGGGUAAGGGCACCUCAUGUGUGAGCCACAACGGGUCCAUGCUGUGCCUAACAUGUGCAAAAAGGACUUCAGACAGUCUUCAUAUUGAUUUGGAGAUGGCUCCAGGCAAAGCAAAAAUGGCUUGGCCCUGAUUUAUCCCAUUACUGAUUUUUAAGGAUAUUCUCAGCAGGUAUUGAGCCAUGCAUAAAAUAUUAUUCAGGAAUGUGCAAUAAUCUAAUCACACUACAGCUAUAAUGCACUUUAAUUAACCUUGAUCUCUAGCUUUUAAAUCUUGAUUAUGCCCGGGGGUGCACAUAAGUGGUCCGCAUGCGCGCAUGCGUACUGGACGUAGACAAACGCGCUGGCCCUCAACGGCUUCCAUACACUUUUGCGUACCGAUGGCUGACCACUGUAUUUGUGGCGGACAUGAGAAAAUCACUUCUCAAAAUGUCAAAGAGGCAGGCCCCACUGAGUAAUUAUUUCCGUGUCCCCCCACCCCCGUCAAAAGACAGACAGACGACAGAGACGUCACCGGAGAGACCGAAAAAAAAGGACUUUUGCUGAAGGAGGUGCCAUGGCUAGAAGCAAAUGAUGCUCGCACGGAAAUGUGGUACAAAAUUUGCCGUGAGAAUCCCAAUGUCGCUGAUAAGAGCAGCGCAUUUUAUGUAGGGUCAAAGAAUUUCAGCCAUCCAAACUUUGUAAAGCACGAAAAAAACAGAGCAUGUGGCAAUUAAGCAAACUAUCGAUGUCAGACAGGACCCCACUCGCCCAGUGGACAAGUGGCGGAAUAAAGUUAAUGAAGAACAGCACCAUGCACUGACAAACGUGUUUUUGCUCGCAUUUCACAAAGCUAAACAUGCACGUUCAAUGAGCUCUUAUGAGGAGGACAUCCCACUUUUACAAAGGCUUGGAGUUAAUGUGGGAGCCGCAUAAUGCCCUUUAUGUUGAAUUUGUGCUUUUAUGUUUAUUUCUUUACAUUUCACUUCAAAGUAAUGGCAAUUUUGUUGUGCCAGUUGAUAAUCAAACAUUAAUUGUUAAUAUAAUUAAUUAAAGGUAAUUGGGGACACCCUGAACUGGUUGCCAGCCAAAAAGUGGCAUGGAAAAUGAAUGAAUGAAUGGCUCUAAGUAAAGCUUGUCAUAAUUUUAUCGCAUCAGGUGGGUCGGCUCUCAAGCUCAAUGAGGACCAAGUCACAUCUCCAGGUCCUCCUCUGAGAACCUGGGCAAAAAAAUAUGUGCAUCCCUGAUUAUGCCUAAGGUUUUAUGCAUAAAAAUUAAGAUCAAAAUGAGCAUGUGAAUUGGUUGAAGUUUGUCAUC